UGUUUUGUUGCCGUCAGGCAAAUGGGGGAAUGAGGAGAGGGUCAACCAUGGCUGCCUCCUUGGUACGAUGGCUGAAGAGGUUGUAUGUUUUUGUGUUAAUAUGCCCCCUCUGCGUUCCAGCCUUUUUGAAUUUGGAGGAGCUAAAUGAGAUGAAAUAUGGGAUUGAAAUUCUUCCCGACCCCGUCAUCUUGGGGCAGACCAAGACAGAGGAGGUUAUGAUGGUUUCCAAUAAGUACAAGCAGCUCUACGAGUGUCGCCUGCCAGCCCAGGCUGUCCGGUUUCAUCAGGAUCCAGCUUCUGAUUCUGACACACAAGGGUACACUGGGCCAGACAUCCCAGACCUGCUCAGGCCAAUGCACAAAGCCCCAUGUCUAGUGAAGACCAAGGACUGGUGGACAUAUGAGUUCUGUCCUGGUCAACAUAUCAGACAGUAUCACCUUGAAGACACAGAAAUAAAAGGGGAUAUUCUGUUCCUGGGUUAUUAUGAGUCUGAGUUUGACUGGAGCAAUGAAACAGCAAAGGCCUCCAAACGGCACAAACUGAAACGAUACCACAGCCAGACAUAUGUAAAUGGCUCCAAGUGUGACCUAAACGGAAAUCCAAGAGAGACCGAAGUUCGGUUUAUGUGCGAGGAGGGCUCGGUCGACUACAUUGCACGUGUGGAUGAGCCCCAGUCGUGUCGCUAUGUGCUGACGAUUCACACAAGUCGCACCUGCCAACAUCCAUUCCUGCGACCACCAUCCACUGCCAAGCCGCAGGGUAUUGUGUGCCAGCCAGCACUAAGUGCCCAGCAGUACAUGGAUUACGUCAAGGCUCAAGUCUCGGACACAAAACGCAAAGUAGAGCAGAUCUCCGAAGAGCUGAAAAGCCUUGAUGAGAUGUUGGCUGGUAAUGAAGGCACAGAUGAACCAGUGGACAUGGCAGCAGAGGAAACCUCACCUUCACCCAGCAGUGACCCAGACCCGUUGGAUAAAAAUGGUAAUACUGAUGAGGAUAGAGAGUCGGAAGAGACGGAAGAUUCUGAUUUCUGGGAGGGAGUAACAAAGCCAGAAAAUUCAAAAACAACAUCCUCCCAACAGGAAAACGAGGCAGCAGAUAGUGACUAUAGCUCACCAGCCGAUAAUGAAGUAGUAGAUGAUGGUGAUGAAGUAGAAAAAUUCAACUUUAAAAUCAUCACCGACCCAGCAGAUCUGAUGAAAUUUGUUCAACACCUAAAGGAGAGUAACAGGAAGAAAGCACAAAACCAAGCAACAAGCAGAGAAGAGGAUCCAAUAAGGCAAAUGUUACCAGAGAAGCACAGAGAGGAGGAGAAAGAUGAGGAUGAACGACUGUUAGAGGAGUUUGAGGAUGAGAUAGCUGACCUCUCUGUGCCCUCUGAGAAGAUUGAGGAGAUAAAGGAAGAAAUGCAGAAGGAGUUUGACAAUAUCAUAAAUGAGGCCCAGCAGGAAUUGGAGACUGAGGGUCUGAAAGGAGAGUUUGAUCGAACUCAGGCAACACAAACACUGGAGACAACACUGGAUAAGCUACUUGAUCAUCUAGAAGAGAAAGAUGUUCAAGAUCCAGAGCAGCAAACAGUCCAAAGAACCAGCGACCCAACCAGAGGCAGCCCCAGCCUGGCUCCUAAGCAGCCAGACCAAGCAGCUGACGACCAUGUUAAGAUCAAAAUUACUAAGUAUAAGACGGGCAGCAGCCCUGAAGGGGAGGUCAAAAUUCAGGAGAUGGGCGAAGGAGACCCCCAGUGGCAGCACAUAAAGGACGUGGUUAAAGAACAGCUAGAGAAGGCAGGACUGAAGGCCGAAGGUAAGAUUGAGGUGAAGAUCUUGACCCGAAAGAAUGCAGAGGAAGCAGGUGAUCAGUGGCUGACUGAGGAAGAUACAAAGUCCUUCAGGGAACUGCUCAUAAACCUUUUGACUGGAGGCACUGAAGAAAUUUACAAAGAGCAAAAGAGGCAGCAGGAGUUGGAGAACAAUUAUAGGUUUGUGUGGGGAGAGAACCAGGAAGAUUCCCAGUCAUCCAGCACAUCAGACUCAGACGAUGUGGACAUUUGAACCCACACAGUACUUUCAGUGUUCCUAUAGUGACGGUGAACUCCUGUGGAGACCAGCAGGGAGAGGGACUCUGAGGUGUUGUCACAGUUUUGAAAAAGAGCCCACUUGAUUAAAUUAUUGCUGUUAAACCUGGUGGAUAAUAUCAGCUCAGCUGUUUGCACAUUCAGUGUCAGAGUGUCUUGAAAAGGCAAUAAAGUUGGUGUCUUUAUUUGGCACUGUUCAUAUGUUGCACGAAGAAACUACAACCUGUCAACUGUACCUGUGCAGUUGAGUGAAGUCAUGCAUUUUUGUCUUUUUGAUGGGAUACAGUUUUGAUAAAUGGCUAGAGUAGCCAAGUAAGCUCAUUUUCAGAAAGACUUUCCAGUUUUACUGAGCAUUGCAUUUAGUUCUGAACUUGUAAACAGCACAGUCUUUGUUUUUGACGUUACCAUCGACAAGUCCUUACCUGUAAGUGAUUCAGAAGGGAAAUUUUGUGUAUCUCAGCAACUGAAUGAGUUUCUGCACAAAUUGCUCCACAUAUUGUUCACAGAGUCCAAUUACUCGAGGCUUUACAUUCCAGUUCUCGCUGGUCUUUGAAACCUUGAUAUUUUGUUCAGUGAAAAUGUCCCAAAUAAACACAACUACACAAUUAUACGUGCACAUGCUGAUGCACUAUACACUUUUUGCAAACUCAAUUUAUUCACUGUAUUAUGAAUAAUUUGGUUUUCUGUCAGGUAGUCAUGUACCACUAAAGAAAUUAUAAAAGCUAAAAAUGAAAACACAGUAAUUAUUUUGAGUACAUUUCUAUUUUUCUUUUUUUCUAAACAAGAAAAUUUGUAAUUUACCCUGAUUUAGCAAAGAAAAGCAAGGAAAGCUUCAAUAACGGAUCAGGUACUGCAUACCAAAUUAUUGAAUGCUCACAAAACCCUUCAGAUGUGUACUUAAAGGGCUUAAUUUAUAUGGUGUGAAUAACUGUGGCUGCUUCAGCUUAAUAUGUACAUAAUUAUAGCAUCGAAAUGUUUUUCAAUUUAUUAGUUGUAUGUCAGCGCAGUUUAAGACUGGACUGAACUACCUGAAUAAACCUGUUUAAAAUUUC